AUGGCGGAUUUUGCGACUGGAGCGCCCUUCCUGAACACGCUUCUGCAGGCUGAAGGAAUUGAGGUUCGCGGACGUGUCACCGAGUCGUACGCCCAGAUUCUCAACCCGGAAUCACUGCGAUUCUUGGCGGCUCUGCACCGCACGUUUGAUGCGCGUCGCAUCGAGCUGCUCAAGUGCAGGCAAAUCCGACAGGCCGAGAUUGACCAGGGCAAGCUGCCCGACUUUCUCGCGUCAACUGCCCACAUUCGCUCGGGCGAUUGGAAAUGCUGCGCCCCUGCUCCUGGUCUCGUCGACCGCCGCGUUGAAAUCACCGGUCCCGUGGAUCGCAAAAUGAUUAUCAAUGCGCUGAACUCGGGUGCCACUCAGUUCAUGGCUGAUUUCGAGGAUGCCACCUCCCCCACCUGGGACAACCUCAUCCAGGGCCAGCUCAACAUGCGCGAUGCCAUUGCCCGCACCAUUUCCUUUUCUGGUCCGGAGGGCAAGGUGUAUCGCCUGAAGGACAACGGCUUGGCCACCCUGCUUUGCCGACCCCGCGGCUUGCAUCUUGAGGAGCACCACGUCUUUGUCGACGGACAGCCACUCUCAGGCUCUUUGCUCGACUUUGGACUGUACUUUUAUCACAACGCCAAGCGCAGCCUGUUCAUUGGCGCUGGCCCGUACUACUACGUGCCCAAGCUUGAGUCGCACCUCGAGGCCCGCUGGUGGAACGACGUGUUCAACUUUGCGCAAGACUACGUGCGUGUCCCCCGUGGCACGAUUCGCGCAACCGUCCUGAUUGAAACCAUUCUGGCUGCGUUCGAGAUGGAGGAGAUUCUCUACGAGCUGCGCGAGCACUCUUCGGGCCUCAACUGCGGACGCUGGGACUACAUUUUCAGCACAAUCAAGCGUCUCCGAAACCACCCACAGUUUGUCAUGCCUGAGCGCAAGGAUGUCACCAUGGCCACCACAUGCCACAAGCGCGGCGUGCAUGCGAUGGGUGGCAUGGCUGCCCAGAUUCCAAUCCGCAACGACCCUGCUGCCAACGAUGCUGCGUUCGAGAAAGUUCGCAAGGACAAGCUGCGCGAAGCCGAAGCGGGACACGACGGCACUUGGGUUGCUCAUCCCGGCCUGAUCCCGAUCGCCAAGGAAAUUUUCGACAAGGUCAUGCCGACCCCGAACCAAAUCCAUGUCCAAAAGCCCGCCCAAAUCACUGCUGCAGAUUUGCUCAGCACCAAGUUCGAGGGUGGCAUUACCGAUGUGGGCGUGCGAGCCAACGUUUCGGUGGCUUUGGCCUACAUGGCGAACUGGUUGUCCGGCAUGGGCUGCGUCCCGCUGCACAACUUGAUGGAGGAUGCCGCCACUGCCGAAAUCUCGCGUUCCCAGCUCUGGCAGUGGCUCAAGUUCGCUUCCAAGACGAGCGAAGGACAGACCAUCACUCCCGACUACGUUCAAAAGAUCAUCGACGAGGAGGACGCCAAGCUCAAGGCCUCACUCGGCGACAAGUACACUGCCGCGUACACGAACGCAAAGGGGCAUCUUCGCAGGAUUGUUCUUGAAAAAGACUUCCCCGAGUUCCUGACACUGGUGUGCUACGGGGACAUUGUUGAGCAGCAACCUCCUCGAACCAUCAGCCACUUGUAGCUCGUUGCGAAAUUAGAUCCACAACAGUUGUGUAGUCCGUAAAUCGAUCUGAGCGGUGUUGAAAAUGCAAUAUUAUUUGGUUCCUUUUUUU